AUGGCAACGAAUUUGAGCCGAUCAGGCAGCCUGGGCAAUGCUGGCGUGGCCAGCGUUGCCUUCUUGGUCGCGGUGGCCGCCAUUUUUGCCUCGGCCUUAGCAGCAACUGGUGCGGCGGCCGCAGCUGGCGCGGGCAUUGCUGUGCUGGCUGCAACCGGGGCCGCGUUGACCGGUGUGAGGAGCGGCGAUGAGCCUUGCUGGGCGAGCCACUGUGGGCGUCAGGAUCGCUUAAGCUCAGAGCUGGUAUUGCCUGCAGCUCCGCACGUCGAGCUGGACGUGUCCGAGUCACUGCCCUGCGGGACGCGCUCGGAGAAGGUGCGGAGGGUGCGUUUCAAUCUCACCCAGAACACGGUGCAUGAGAUCACCCCCUACUCCGAGAUCUACGGUAUGCAUCCGCGGCUCUUGGGAAUUCAAGAAGGGGCUUCAUGCCUGGAACCGAUUGAUGAGAUGGAUGAGGAUGAGGAGAAUGAGGAUAAUGAUAAUGAGGAUAGCUUCGAUGCUCUCGCCUUGCACCUCCCAGGGGUGCUGGCGAAGGCGUCCAAGAAUGCGUGGCCUUUGCUGCUGUUGAGUGUCUUUUGGCUUUGGGCCUUGGGCUCCAAGACCUUGCUCGACUCUCGGCGUUGCCCAUCAGCGCAUGAGCCGGCUGUGUUGCCAUAUUUCUUGGGCCAACCCCGCGUCCCGUCCGCCAUGUUCGUGCCACCGCCGCCGAAAGUGGUCCCACCAAUGCCGGUGGUGGCACCUUACGUCUCGGACGCGGACGUGCGGAAGCGGCUUUGGGAGCUUCAGAUGCGGCAGCAUCUCAAGGCUUUGGAAGGCGUCACCAGCUGCAUGGAUCAAUCCGACCCGGUGGCGGCCAAUGUGGCGGUGCGCAAGGCCCGCGAACGGGCCCGGGACUUCGCACGCGAUGAGAUGAGGAGAGAUGUGGUCGAUGGAAACAAGCAACUUGUGACGCGACUGAAGGAGAUCGUGAAGAAGCCUAGCGCGUUGGUGGCGGAGACGCCUCCACAAUCCAAUACCAGAUAUGAGAUGCUGAAGCGCGACCGACAGCUUCGGCAGCGAAACAUUCAGAAUGAAAACAAGUCCCUUGUGCGGAGGAUCCUCUCUGUAAAAAGCAGCGUGGAUCGUAGUGGUCUCGAGAAGGACUACUGGAGGCACCGGAAGGAUGUGAAUCGCCUCCAGCAGAUCCCGUCACCUCGCCGUUCCAAGCGCAGUCCGCGCGCAGAGCGCAGCAGCUCAGAGCGCGCCGAUCGCUUCUUGAUGCGCAGUCCGCGCGCACCACGGCAAUUGGAGGAGCUUCCAGUACGCACUCCCAGCGCUGGCUCCUACAGGCCUCUCCGACAGCUGCCGCUGCCGCCAAUGAAGGGGAGUAGCUCAGCACCGCAGCUGGUUAAGGAGAAGCAGGAAAGACCCGUCCCGAAGAAGAAACAGCACAGUGCAACAAGUCCCGUGAGGAUUUCGAAAUCGAAGAUCGCCGGUGAAACCACUCCAAAGGUGAAGGCAUAUGUUUCUUCGCUGAUUGCGAGGACAUUGGUGGCCAUUGAGGCACAGAAGGCAACACCUACAGCAAAGACAGCGGCAAUUCAGAGCAAGGCGCAAGUCCCAGAACCGGUUGAAGCUGGACCCGUCUCCGCCUACAUCUCUGGCCUUUUUGCCCGCUGUGUCCAGCAGGCGCAGGCCAGAGAGCUGACCCGAAACGAGCAGGUCGACUCUGCGGACGUGUCACGUAGCAGCUGGAUGCGCUCGCAGGAGAUGGCCGCGGCCGAAUUCAUCGCGGAACAGAUGACGAACGAAGCCCUCGAGGUCAUGGAGUACGGAGAAGCGAGAUCUCUGAUGAACGACUCAGCAGCCACCUGGCCCUCCCUGCGCGCCACGGGCAGCGGGAUUUGGGGCCUUUGA